AUGAGUGUGAGCAGUAGCACCUAUGAAGAAGAUAAUACGGCACCCACUGUUAUAGCACAGCAGUACAUCGUGGAGCAGGAAAUCGGUAAGGGAUCGUUUGCCACUGUUUAUAAGGGCCGUCUGGCAUCCAAAGGUGCAGAUAGCACGGAUUUCGUGGCGAUCAAAACGGUUUCAAGGUCUAAGUUGAAGAACAAGAAGCUGCUAGAGAAUUUGGAGAUUGAAAUCGCGAUUUUGAAGAAAAUCAAACACCCACAUAUCGUAGGACUUAUGGAUUGUGAACGCACAAGCUCGGAUUUUUUCCUUAUUAUGGAGUACUGUGCGUUGGGCGAUCUUACUUUUCUAAUCAAAAAGCGCAGGGCGCUGAUCGAAAAGCAUCCUUUGGUGCGAACUAUGCUAGAAAAGUAUCCUCCUCCCAGCGAGUCACAUAACGGUUUGAAUAGAGUUCUGGUGGUCAAUUAUUUGCAGCAGCUUUCAUCUGCACUUUCGUUUCUGAGGUCGAAAAACCUUGUACACAGAGAUAUCAAACCUCAAAAUUUACUGCUGUCAACGCCCUUGGUGAACUAUCACGAUCCAGAGACUUUCCACAAACUCGGAUUUGUAGGAAUUUACAACCUCCCGAUUUUGAAGAUUGCUGAUUUUGGCUUCGCUAGAUUUUUGCCAAAUACCUCACUUGCUGAAACAUUAUGCGGUUCGCCACUCUACAUGGCUCCAGAGAUUUUGAAUUAUCAGAAGUACAAUGCUAAAGCCGAUUUAUGGUCUGUCGGAACUGUUCUCUACGAAAUGUGUUGCGGCAGACCUCCUUUCAAGGCUUCUAAUCACCUCGAACUUUUCAAAAAAAUCAAGAAAGCUAAUGACGUGAUUUCUUUUCCUUCUUAUUGCAAACUGGAACCGGAGAUGUGCGAACUUAUAUGCGGACUUUUAACUUUUGAUCCUGCCCAGAGGAUGGGAUUUAGUGAGUUUUUCAGCCACGCAAUUGUUAACGAAGAUCUUUCCAAAUUUGAACAAGAAGUAAUACCUGACCUUGAGGACAAGUCCAAGGAUGUUGCCGGCAGUAACAUGUUCAUUUCCGAAUAUUUGGCCCGACCUGAUGAGAUACGAAAGGCCAUGACACCUCUCAGUGAAGAAGUUGCGUCGUUAGGCCCUUCCAAGCCCGAGGCCUCACAAACCAUACCUGUCGUAGACACCACUCGCAGUAGAGAUAAAAAUAUGAAUUCCGACGUGCUAGAAAACUCCGUUGCACGCCCUGACACAUCUAUCGAGAAGGAGUACGUUAUGGUAGAGAAGAAGAGCGUUGAGGUAAAUGCCUUGGCAGAUGAAUUUGCUCAUCUAGGUUCUCGCGAAGGCGCUGAAUGUGAUAGGCGCGCCUCCAUAAAAAACGCACAACAACAGCCGCAUGCUUUCCAGUCCACAUCAAUGAGAAAAACGUCUUCGGGAAAUGGGAACACCGCUAGACGGCCAUCUCUAGUUGAGAGACGACUGUCAAUCUCUUCGUUGAGCCCAUCGAACGCACUUACAAAAGCGUUGGGAAUUGCUUCCACUCGUCUUUUUGGCAAUCAGCAGUCACCUGGACUCUCAGUAUCGCCUAACUCAGGCACGCAACCACUUCUUACUCGACAAGCGUUCCAUGAACUUACCGAAAACAUACUUUUGUCAGCGGAUCACCAAGUAAAUGAUUCAAAGCAUAAUGAAAGUAGGUCUGACUCUGAGAUGAUUGCUCUACUAGAAUCAUUAGCUGCCAAAGCAUUUGUGAUACACUCUUUUGCCGAGGUCAAGUUUUCGCAGAUCGUGCCGCUUCCACCAUCCUUAUUGAGCGACCCUUUCGGCAAAAGGCUCAGUUGCGGUAGCUGUGCAAUCGAGGAAGAAGAACAUUUAUCUGAGCAUUCGAAUGGGCCAAGCUCAACUAGGAGAAGCCCUUCCGAAGAAAGUGCCGAGUCAUGGAGGCGGCGGAAUCACAGCCAGAACUCACAUACCGAAAUAAUGUCAAGUGACACGUCAUCGUGGGAGGUGCAACAGCUUUGCACCGAAGCUAUGUUGUUGUACAUGAAAGCACUUUCCACACUGGCAAGAGCAAUGCAAGCUACUUCCUCAUGGUGGUACCGGUCUCAGGACAAAAGCUGUUCGUUGAAACUCAACUUACUAGUACAGUGGCUUCGUGACAAAUUUAACGAGUGCCUAGAAAGAGCGGAGUUUUUGAGACUCAAGUUAGUAUCGACAGGUGCAUACCAAACUAAUGACUCGACGAUCGAUGCGUCGAGGCUUAAUGAGCUUAGGAAUAAUACUAUUGAACAACGUCAAGGUGAAUCAGAAAAGGAGCCGGUGUUUUUAGAGAAGCUAAUCUAUGAUAGAGCGCUUGAAAUUUCUAAAACGGCCGCUAAAUUCGAAAUGCAAGGAGAGUACCUUAACAACUGCGAGAUAGCUUACGCAACGUCUCUUUGGAUGUUGGAAGCGGUCCUGGACAAGGAUGACGCCGAUGAGAGCGUCAAUGAAUGCGGCUUCCAUACAACAGAUGCUCUAGACGAGGGAGACGUCUUGAUGAUCAAAAAAUACAUCGAUAGUAUUGCCAAUAGGCUGAAGAUUCUUCGCAAAAAGAUGCGGAAUCUCAACUCGAAAUGA